GUCCAAGUGUUACCUUUGAGAAGCAGACAGAAAGGGGACCUUCCCAGCCCUUAAGCCUUUAUUAGUGUUACACUUCUCCAGAAGUCAGAACCACAAAAACCCAUCGCCUCCUUUUGUCUUCCUCCCUCUCUAUUUCUCUUAUUACUCUUGAGUUGGGCUUUAAUUAUCACUUUUAAGCAAUUAUUAUUUGGGUAAGCAUUGAAGGAAGAGGCAGCUUUAGAAGAAGGGGUCAGGGGGCAGAAGAGUUGCAUGUAAAAAGGACAAGGCUUUUGCAGGAUUUGGUGUCCCUUCCCAUUGUUAAGCGUGAAUUAAUGAAGCAGAAGUACUACCUGAAGAAAGAGAGAAGAUAUUAAAGCCUAUAAUCCCAAAAAAAAGAAGAGGAGAUUGUUGUGAAAGAUGAGGCCCAAGAUCAUUCUUUUUGGAGACUCCAUUACUGAAGAGUCUUUUGGAAAGGGAGGUUGGGGAGCAGCUCUUGCUCACCAUUUCUCUCGCAAGGUGGACUUGGUGCUUCGAGGAUAUAGUGGGUAUAACACACGAUGGGCCCUGCAUGUGAUGGAGAAGGUUUUUCCGGCGGAAUCGGAGGGUGGUGGUGGUGGUGGUGGUGGAGCGCCGCUGGCGAUCACCGUUUUCUUCGGCGCCAACGACGCUUGCCUUCCCGAUAGAUACGGUGCCUUCCAGCACGUUCCUCUCCUCGAGUACAAGCAGAAUCUCCAUUCCAUCGUCUCCUUUAUCAAGAAGCGAUGGCCUACCACGUUGGUGCUGCUUAUCACUCCUCCUCCCAUCGACGAAGACGGCCGCAUACAGCAUCCUUUUGUGGAGAACCCAUCUGGUCUCCCCGAGAGAACGAAUGAGACUGCUGGGACUUAUGCAAAGGUCUGCAUCGAGGUUGCCGGAGAAUGUGGGGUCCCUGUAGUUGAUCUCUGGUCCAAAAUGCAGCAGUUUCCUGGAUGGCAGAAAGAUCAUCUUAGGGAUGGCUUGCACCUCACUCCAACCGGGAACCGUAUUGUUUUUGAUGAAGUGGUGGAGAAGUUCAGAAAGGAAGAUUUGAGGCUUGAAACCUUACCUGCCGAUCUCCCACUCCUGGCAGAGAUGGAUCCUUCAGAUCCACUCAAGUCUUUCAAGGAUUGAAUUUGGCGUAUGUGAAAGGGAUAUGAAGAUGACUCUUCAUUGUUCUGUGUUCUUCUACAUAUCUUAUUUUUAUUAUAUAAGAGUUAAUCUAUAGAUAGUAUAUAUGUUAUCUAGUAGAUAUAUAUCAUGCUCUACCCAUAUGGCUGAAGGUCAUGACAUGAAGUUUAACUACUGAAACCUGUAUCACAUUACUCAUCACCAGGUUCAUCAGACCUUUGGGUGGGGUGGGGGCUACUAGUUUCCCUUGUCCCGUCUCCUAAAAUUCCUGAAUUUGCUUAUUGUAUGCGAAACAAAUCUAAGGUAAUUGAAGGUUUCUUUAUAA